AUGGCAACGUGGGGGACUCCCUCAGGGAUACCGCCACUCCUCCUGGUUGGAACACUUGCCCUCCGCCAGCGGCGCCAGCCAGCUGGGCCUGCGCUUGGCGUACAGCUCGACGUCCGGCUUGAGGUCGCUGUUGUCGCCGUCGACGAAGCCCAUCGCCAAGACGACCCAGCUCGGGUCCGGCGCCGACGGCAUCGUGCGGAUCCGGGACCCGCAGUUGCCGCAGAAGCCCCGCAGGAGCGGCUUGCCGGACAUGGUCUCGCCGCCGGCGUAGGUGCGCAUCUGGCUCUCCGGGUCGCUCCACUCGACUUGCUGGGUCGGGCGAGGCGAGAGUUUCUGUCAGCACCGAGUCUUUUGCACGCGUUUGCUGGUACCGCAACGCUCACUGUUUGGGGGGGGGAAGGGGAGAACGUCAUCAAUAUAGAAGGGGGCCCAAGUUUCUAUUACCUUUGGAGAGAAGAAGACGUUGGUCUGCAGGGCGUCGCCGCAGGCUUUCUGGCACGGGUUGCAGUAGCAGACGACGACGUUCUCGGGCUCGACCGAUAUGCGGGCGGUGAUCUUGCCACAACCGCAGGACCCGGUGCGUUCUUUUGA